UCAGCUGCGCGAGGAAGGCCAAUCACAAUCAAGGAUUUCGGCACCAAUUUAAACAGAGAGUAAUCACUUCCUGUUUUGGUUGUUAACACACGAGUACACGAUAGAGGAAAGAAAUAUAAGGAAAUGACCAUUUAAACAUAUACAUAGACAUAAAAGGCGGUUUAGGAUUAAACUGAGAGCCUGUGUUGAAGGACACUACUUCCGGUUUAUAUUUAUGUUGCCGUUAGCUGACGGUGACGCCAGUCCGGUAAGUUUUGAACGUUAGAGUCGGUUACAAAUCAGCAUGCCGUCCCGGGUGGAGGACUACGAGGUGCUGCACACUAUAGGCUCCGGUUCAUAUGGAAGAUGCCAGAAAAUAAAGAGAAAAGCUGACAGAAAGAUCCUGGUGUGGAAGGAGCUGGAUUAUGGCACCAUGGCAGAGGGUGAGAAGCAGAUGCUGGUGUCAGAGGUGAACCUGCUGAGGGAGCUCAAACACCCAAAUAUAGUGAGGUACUACGACCGCAUCAUAGACCGGACAAACACCACUCUGUACAUUGUCAUGGAGUACUGCGAAGGCGGCGACCUGUCCAGUCUCAUCAGCCGCUGCAUCAAGGAGAGGCGCUAUUUGGAGGAGCAGUUCAUCCUGCGAGUCAUGGCCCAGCUCACGUUGGCCCUGAAGGAGUGUCACAGGCGGAGUGACGGCAGGGCCACAGUCCUUCAUCGGGACCUGAAACCAGCCAACAUCUUCCUCGACAUCAAGCAGAAUGUCAAACUGGGCGACUUUGGCCUGGCGAGGAUCCUGAACCAUGACACCAGCUUUGCAAAGACGUUUGUCGGGACGCCGUACUACAUGUCUCCAGAACAAAUAAACCGGAUGUCAUACAACGAGAAGUCCGAUAUUUGGUCUCUGGGAUGUCUGCUCUACGAACUCUGUGCCUUAUCGCCUCCUUUUACUGCUUACAACCAAAAAGAGCUGGCAGAAAAGAUCAGAGAGGGCAAAUUCAGAAGGAUCCCGUACCGGUACUCUGAGGAGCUGAACACUCUGCUCGGCAAAAUGCUCAACUUAAAGGACUAUUUGAGACCUUCUGUAGAAUCUAUUCUCCAGAGCAGCCUGCUGAGCGAGGCGGUUGCUGAGGAGCAGAGGAAGGCACAGUCGCGACUCCAAAGGAGAUCAGCUGAUUCUGAUGUUCCUCUCCACAAACCGGCAGAGACGGCGCACGCCUCGGCCACGGAGAUCAGACUGAAGGAGCAGGCGCUGCGGGACCGAGAACAAGCACUGAAAGAACGUGAGGAGCAGCUGGAGAGAAGAGAGCAGGAGCUGUGUGUUCGUGAACGACUUGCAAAUGAGAAGCUCGUGCGAGCGGAGAGUUUGCUGAAGAAUUACAGCCGCCUACAGCACCACAGGGACACGACACCGAUCUAUGACAAAGACAUAGAUGCGGAGAACCUCUCUCCGGGUAAGAAGAAGGUCCACUUUGCUGGCGAGAGCAAAGAGAACCAGCGGCCCGAUGCUCUGCAGAGCGCGCCGUCCCAGGAGCUGGUGCUGCUGAGGAGGCUGCAGGCAGCAGCCCAGCGGAGCCAAGCUCUGAGUGAAAUGGAGAAGAUGUGCCAGCUCAAGAGCAGGCAAAUCCUCGGCCUGCGCUGAUCGCACAGGUGUGACCGUGAAAGCUUCUGAAGGCCUGGAGUCAUAACAACUGGAUGAAAAUGUUCAUGUGUAGCUGUGGAAGUGCAGUGAAUGUGUGUGUGUGUGUGUGUGUGUGUGUGUGUGUGUGUUACUGUCUUAUUUUUAUGUAGCCUGAUGAGUGAGUGUGUUAUCUCGGGCAGCUAAUGCGAUUAUCAAUGUACUGUGUAUAGUUUUUUGCUGUAUUUAUGGCUGUAGACCUUCUUUAGAGACAUCUCUAGAAGAAGGGAGACUAUGUGGAAUGACAUGAUCCUGUGAUGUCAAUAAACAAAGUGAUUAUAUUCAUUACUACAUUAAAGUAGGCAUGAUGUGAUGAUAAAUACUUGUUCUAUACCA